AUGGAAAAAGGGUUUCUUGAUAAGGUAGAGGAUAAUGUGGCUGUUCGAACUUGGUCCGAGGCGACACAACGUGAGAAAGGUAACAGCUUGGCCGAAGGAUAUGUAUCAGAAUUAUGGAACUUUACCGUAGACAAGCGCCUGUUUCGGGCUCUCGCCCAGUUUUGGAAUGCUGCCUAUAGUUGUUUCACGUUCGAGAAAGUCGAUCUAGUGCCUACGAUAGAAGAAUACACGGCUUUACUUCGGUGUCUGAAGAUUGAAGUCGACAGAGCCUACUCUCGACCCGUAAGUGUACCAACCUUUUUUAAAAAGUUGAUGAACAUAACCGGGAUGAGUAAGCGGUGGGUUGCAGCCCAAAUCAAACACAAGAGGGAUAGCAAAUGCAUUCUUUGGAAGAACUUGAAGGAUUUAAUCCUAGUACAUCCAGAUAAAAAAAAGAAGGUAGAUGUCUUUGCUUUGAGUAUAUACGGCUUAGUUGUCUUCCCCAAGGCUUUGGAACAUGUGGAUGAGGCGGCCACUGACUUGUUCGACCGACUUGAUAAAAGGGUUACGCCAGUUCCGGCGAUUUUGGCGGAAACAUUCAGGUCACUAAAUUCCUGCCGGAGAGCGGGUGAAGAGAUAAUAGCUACAUCGAGGAGGGACGACAUCUCGGAGAAGAAGUGGAUGGUCAUUCUUCAAAAUCUACAAGAAGAGGACGUUGAGUGGAGAGCUCCGUGGUUACUUCCGGAUAUGAUUUUGUAUCGGUGCGGUGAUUUUGACUGGGUCCCUUUGCUUGGAAUUUGGGGAGCUAUUGGUUAUGCCCUGUUGCUAGUGCUUAGGCAGUAUAGGUCAAGGCAGUUUAUACCCACAACUCGGGGACUAGAUGAGUGUGAAUUCUCGUACAAGGGUAAUGGUAGCAAAAAGAAGAUUCGAGAGAUAUUCAAUGCUUGGAACCAGACUCGUUGGAUGAAGAGUUUAGCAGCAGGUCCAAUGACGACACCCGAGUAUAAUGAAUGGUGGGUUUGA